ACUCACUCAAGCCAAAACGGAUUAAAUGGGAGGACCAGCAAAAAAAUUGCCUCAAAGAAAAUUCUACAAAGAGCUGGAGGAAAAAAACUUCUCCAAAGAGGUUGGAAAAACUGGAACAGGCCAACAUUGGCUGGUUGAAAAUUAUUAUGCAGCAGCAAUUACUCGCCAAUUGUCGUCGCAAUGAGAUGGAGAGCGAAUGGGUUGGGAAAGGGGAACAAGAACAAAAGGCAGAAAAAGUUGUUCAAAAAGGCGAUAAUCCAGUCGAGAAUGGAGCUGGCCAAGGAGCAUCGCAACGAUCAAACGGCAAAAAGACUUGGAGUCUGGUCAAACCGUUUGCCGGCUAUGACCAAAUGGAGAGGAUCAACCAGCGCGCUGACUACUGUGAUUAUUUUUAUUAUAAUUGCGUGAGGAAAUGUUUGGGAUCCCAUUGGGGGACCCGGCCCCGAGAGAGUGUGAGUCGUUGUUGCCAACUGCUAAUGACGACGACACCUUUAACAACACUCCUGCCUCUUCGGACACUCUGAAAACAUCCCACAAAUUUUACCAUAUAUGUCCAAAGUGGUACACCGACCGGCAAAUGGUCAACGGCAAAUCGACUUUGAUUUUUCUUCGUCUGCGGCAAAACUUGGCGCAAAUGUUGUUGUACAACAUUUUUGUGUCUCUUAAAUGCAGUUUAAGACUUCAGUUGCUGUUUAGCCGUAAUAUAUUUUUUGACUGCGGAUUAAGUAUAUUUUGGAUGCAGUCAAAGAGUUUUUGCCGACUGUUAUAAGGUAUGAUAUAAGUGGCAAGAGAUUAGGGAAAGCGUCAAGAGGUUUGAUUUACUGCAGACAAUUUGUAUGCGUAUUUUGUGAGUAGAAUCUAGGAACAAUUUAAUGAAAUUAAAGAUUGAGCUGCAAGUAACUUAAAAUGGGGGAAAAACAAAGACAACUCCAAGUUUUUACACCAAACAAUAAUGAGCAGACGAGGAAAUUGUUCGACUGCUUUGUAUUUUCCCAAAAAUGUAUUUGUAAAAAGUGUAUUAAUCCGCUGGAAGAUUACACAUC